UCAAUCAAUAAAAAAAAAAAUCUCUUUUCACCGUCUUAUCAAUGGAAGACGGAUCCACCGGCGGCAUAGUUCAGGCAGUUAAAUCUCACCUCAAAACCGCUUCCACCGAACCGGAAUCCGCCGCCGGAAAACCUCUCGAAGUCGAACCGAUUGAUAAAGAGCUAUUAUGUCCGAUAUGUAUGCAAAUAAUAAAAGACGCAUUUCUGACGUCAUGCGGACAUAGUUUUUGUUAUAUGUGUAUAAUAACUCACCUUGAUAAUAAGUCUGAUUGCCCUUGCUGUGCUUCUUCACUUACUACUAAACAGCUUUAUCCUAAUUUCCUCCUUGAUAAGCUUUUGAAGAAAACUUCUGCUUCUCAAGUAUCGAAAAGUGCUUCACCGUUGGAACAGUUUCGCCAAGCAUUACUCCAGGGUUAUGAAGUGUCAGUAAAGGAACUCGAUACACUAUUAUCAACGCUUACUGAGAAGAAAAGAAAAUUGGAGCAGGAAGAGGCCGAGAGAAAUAUGCAAAAUCUUCUCGAUUUCCUUCAAUGCUUAAGAAAAAAGAAAAUUGACGAACUUAAUGAGGUGCAAACUGAUGUUCAGUAUAUCAAAGAGGACAUUAGUUUGGUGGAGAGGCGUAGGAUUGAGUUAUAUAGAGCGCGUGAUAGAUAUUUGAUGAAAAUGCAGGCGCCUGGUGGUGAAUUAACGGGGUCAAAAUCUUGGUCUUCUUCAUCAAUAGAUCAAGACAAUAGUAACUUUAUGUUUGCGUCUGUGAAAGCACAUGGAGGAGUUCCCAUGCUCACAGGUAAUAUGCAGUAUCCGAAUGCAGAUGGGAAAUCUCAAGCUAGUUCACUUGGAACCCAGAGGAAAGAAGCUUCUAGUGGAUUAAGUUCACAACAUACAAGUCAAUCAAGUCUUUCCGUUAUACGGAAAAAACGAGUUCAGUCUCAGUUCAAUGACCUGCAACAAUGUUACUUGCAAAAGCGACGACAGUUUGUGAGCCCAGUACAAAACCAUGAUAAAGUAGAUGUUGACCUCGUGCAAAGGGAAGGUUAUAGUUCAGGCCUGUCAGAUUUUCAAUCUGUACUGUCUACCUUUACCCAAUACAGUCGACUAAGGGUGAUUGCAGAACUAAAGCAUGGUGACCUUUUUAAUUCAGCCAACAUUAUAUCUAGCAUUGAGUUUGAUCGUGAUGACGAAAUGUUUGCUACUGCUGGGGUUUCGAGACGAAUAAAGGUUUUUGACUUCUCAACGGUUGUUAAUGAACCUCCGGAAGCACACUGCCCUGUGGUGGAGAUUCCUACACGAUCAAAGCUUAGUUGCUUGAGCUGGAACAAGCAUGCUAAAAACCAUAUAGCUAGUAGUGAUUAUGAAGGAACAGUUAUUGUCUGGGACGUUAAUACUCGGCAGAGUUUGAUGGAGUACGAAGAGCAUGAAAAACGGGUUUGGAGUGUUGACUUUUCACGCAUAGAACCGUCAAUGCUUGUAUCGGGUAGUGAUGAUUGUAAGGUGAAAGUUUGGUGCACAAGGCAAGAAUCAAGUGCUAUUAACAUUGAUAUGAAGGCAAACAUAUGCUGUGUCAAAUACAAUCCUGGGUCCAGCACUCAUAUUGCGGUUGGCUCAGUUGACCAUCAUAUCCAUUAUUAUGAUUUAAGGAACACCAGGCAUCCUAUACAUAUCUUUAGUGGCCACCAAAAAACUGUUUCAUAUGUGAAGUUCCUUUCCAAUGAUGAACUUGCCUCUGCAUCUACAGACAGUACCUUACGCUUAUGGGACGUGAAGCGAAAUCUUCCUCUUCGUACCUUCAGAGGUCACACAAAUGAGAAGAACUUUGUGGGUCUUUCAGUAAACAAUGACUUUCUUGCCUGUGGCAGUGAAACCAAUGAAGUAUAUAGCUAUCACAAGGCAAUAUCAAAGCCUUUAACAUGGCAUAGAUUUGGUACACCUAACGUGGAGGAUAGCGACGAUGAUGCAGGAUCACACUUUAUUAGUGCUGUUUGCUGGAAGAGUGACAGUCCCACAAUGUUAGCUGCUAACAGUCUGGGCACCAUCAAAGUCCUAGUUCUUGCAGCAUAGAUCUUGACCCUGGCUUUAAUUCGUAAAUACCUGGAGGCCAUGACUGGAUCGGUAUCGGAUAUGGACAUUGAAAAGCAAAUAAAAUAUAUUCGGCUUAAUGCUUUUCAUCUGUACAUACUCAGUUCAUCUAUAGGAAGAGAAUAGUUGGUAGGAACUAGAAACCAUUUUGAUUGUAAUCUAUUAAAGAAUUUUGGCUCCACAGUCUGGAAUUCUGUAGGUUAUUGGGGCAUAUGGUUUUGCUGAAAACAAUAAAAUUUGUUGACAUGGUUGCCCGAUUUUUCUCGCUUUAUGUAUUUAAAACAAGCCUGUAAUCAUACCAAACAUGAUGGUAUUAUAGUACCCAUUGUUUGUAAA